CUCUGCGUUGCGAGCUACUGCUAGCUUUAGCGGCAGAUGUUUUGCUUCUGUUUUAUCGGCAACGGUUCUCAAAAUAACAUUUCUUAAAGCACUCUCGAGAUGGACAAGUUUGUCGUGCGGCUCCCAAAGAAAAAGACGCCUCAGACCUCGAGGAGCACCGAGAAGGUUUACAAGCAAACCACCAUAGAAUCCUUACGGAGAGUGGUCGUCAUUGAAGACAUUUUGCGCUGUAAAUCCACACUGGAGCUGCCAGGACAGAACAGUGACAACUUGCUGAGUGCCUUGGCCGAGCUGAGCAAAAAGAUGCCCUCCAAGGAGGUGCUGAAGUCCACUAAAAUAGGUCACACCGUCAACAAACUGCGGAGGCACCCGCAGCCCGAGGUGAGCUCGGCGGCCGCCAGGGUGUACACGGCUUGGAGGACGUUCGUGGAGGAGAAUUCCAACAAGCCGUCCAUCGAAGUGCGCUCGGACAAGCAAUCGGAAGGGCUCAGGAGCAACGCCAGAAGACUCCUGGCCGAGGCACUUGAGCUCAAGGAGGACUGCGGCCUCGUGGACAACACGGAGAGGGAGGUGUUCCACCAGAACGGCCGGGGAGUCAGCGGCUCGUACCGGAGGACGGUGCGAGCGCUGGUGUUUGCCUUCAGACGGCAGCCCGAGCUCGGAGCUCAGCUGAAGCGGGACGCCGCCUCGGUCGCCCAGCUGGUGUCCAAGUAUAAGAGAUGAAUCUCUGAUCGUUAACACUUGCUUUUUAUGCACCUAAUGUCUUUAUUGUCCAUCCAUCCAUCCAUUUUCUGAGCCGCUUAUACUCACAAGGGUCGUGGGAGUGCUGGAGCCUAUCCCAGCUAUCAACAGGCAGGAGGCGGGGUACACCCUGAACUGGUUGCCAGCCAAUCGCAGGGCACAUAUAAACAAACAACCAUUCGCACUCACAUUCACACCUACGGGCAAUUUAGAGUCUUCAAUUAACCUACCAUGCAUGUUUUUGGGAGGAAACCGGAGUACCCGGAGAAAAGGCACAGGGAAAAAACUUCACACAGGGGGGGCCGGGGAUUGAACCCUGGUCCACAGAACUGUGAGGCAGACGCUCUAACCAGUCGGCAUUGUCUUUAUUGUAUUGAAUGUAAAUAGGCAGUUUAUUAUUACUGGUGAUGUAUUUUUUUCAUUAUUAUUGAUUGGUGUUUUGUUUUUAUACUGUAUUGAAAAUGUGAAUUAAAACUUUGAAAUUGU